UCAUGAUGUGCCUGAAUGAACAAGGUGAUGUAAUGUAACGCAAAAAGCCACAAAAUCUUAAUCUUAAACAUAUUUAACUUCCUCGAUAAUAUUGUUAAGAUCUAUCUGGGUAUAGCAAGUAAAACUCUAAUGUGCCAAACACUAGUUGAGAAUCACUUCCAGUCCCGUUUCUGUAUAACCGUCCAUUGAAUUAAACCGUCGUCAACGACUUGGAAUUGUACUUGCAUCGUACGAGGUGAUGUGGGUUGUUUCCUUAUCAAUGAAGCACGGUGCCGCGAUUGAAUAACAUCAGCCGGCUGCUCCUAGUGUCCGAAAAAUGGAGCUCCUCAGAGCAGAGUACACCUACCGAGAGUGAUAUUAGGAUGUGGGAAAUGGCACUGAUUUUAAGAUUAUCAAGGGUUUUUUUUUUAAAUAUUUUUGGUGUGCAGCAAUGUUGCGGGUUGAGUUCAAGUGAAUUUGAGAAGCCAAAUCAGUGUGCCUGAGUGAUUGUUGAAGUUCGCAUACAUACGUGAUGAACUGAUGCUAGAAAGUGAACUUAUUUUUUGUCAUUUCUAAAGAUCACGUACUUCUAGUGAUAGAAAAGAUUGAAGAGCAAAAAAAUCAAAAAAAGUGAUUUCGGGCGCGGAAAGACCACGUGGUUUGUUCCACAAACUCAGACGUACAGCUGGAUCAGCAUUAGUAACACUAAAAAAUUAGGAAACAGAAGCAAUACAACAACCAUGAUUGGCAUCAAGUAUCUUAACGAGGCUCACCUCAAGGGGUUCGAGAAGUAUAAGUACAACAGUAUAGACACCAGCAUACUCAGCGUUCAUGUGAUGCACCCAUUCUGGAACUGGUUGGUGCAGUUUUUUCCACGAUGGAUAGCCCCAAAUUUGCUCACGUUCAGUGGAUUCCUGCUCACGGUGGUGAAUUUCUUCCUCAUAGGCUACUACGAUUAUGGCUUCACGGCAGCAUCGACGAGCCCUAAUCCGAUUCCCGGAUGGGUUUGGGUUUUGGCUGCCAUUAACCUUUUUGUGGCCUACACUUUAGAUGGUAUAGAUGGAAAGCAGGCUCGAAGGACCGGAACUAGCGGGCCCCUUGGUGAACUCUUUGAUCAUGGGCUGGAUUCGUACUCGACACUGCUGAUUCCGGUGUACGUGUUCAGCCUGUUCGGAAGACAGGAUCUGCCCCCUUUGAGGAUGCAUUUCGUGAUGCUCAAUGCGUAUUUGAACUUUUAUCUUUCUCAUGCGGAAAAGUACCUUACCGGGGUGAUGUUCCUGCCUUGGGGCUACGAUUUCGUUAUGUGGGGAGUAUCUUUAACGAUGGGAAUCACCGGCAUUCUGGGACCGGAGAUUUGGCAGAUGGAAAUCUUCGGCGUGAAGCCUUGUUUGAUUUUCGAAAUCACCCUCUACGUGUCAGGAUUAAUAACUAGUCAUCCUAUUAUUAUUUAUAACAUAUACAAAUCCUACCGUGAUAGAACCGGUAAAUUGCGCCCGUUCGGUGAGGCGAUCCGGCCCCUAAUCCCACUGCUGGCUCUUUUCGUAAUCAGUACGGUGUGGGCAUUAUUCUCGCGGAACAGUAUUGUUAGUUUGGAACCCAGGAUGUUUAUUAUUCUCAGUGGAACGAUAUUUUCCAACAUAAAUUGCCGGCUGAUAGUAUCCCAGAUGUCGGAUACCCGAGCAGACCUCUGGAACGCGUUACUACACGUGCUAGCGGGGGCCACUUUGAUUUGCAUAGUCCCGUAUUCGGCCCUAGGGCUACCGGAACUGGGGCCACAACAUGAGCAGUAUCUGCUGUACGCCCUAGCCCUGCUCGUGACCGUGGUCCACAUCCACUAUGGCCAAGGAAUCGUACGGGAGAUGUGCAACCAUUUCCGAAUCAAAUGUUUCAAAGUAAGAACCCUGACGACUACUCCAGACGGUAAUAAGCUAGUAGUAGAUACUAAUCCCAUCAGUAAUGGCUGCCAUCAAAAUAACCAAAACUCAACAACCCCGGUGGCAACCAGUUCCGGCGCAAUGGGAACGCCAAAUGGUCAACACGCUGACCAUCUGAAGCGCCAGUAGUAGUCGGAUGUAGUGUGUAGCUCUGGGACCGUAUAGACUGUUUACACAUUAAGCUUUUUUAGAAUACCUACUAGCAUAGCUAACACCUGGCUCAACUAAUCACUUUGUGUGUUAUUGUUUUUGUUUUGUCGCUGUUUUGGCUAGUGAUUUUUAUUUUACCGAAUAAACAACACAGUUAGAAUUGCCCAUCAAAGCGUGUAGCUAUAACUCGUUAUUUAUCUCACUUUUCUAACGGUUCACUGAUAGAUUAGAUUCUUUUUAUCAAUCAAAGGGAUCCAAAGAUGUUGUAUAUCACUUAACAGAUUUUUCAAUUCGGCUUAUCAAAACAUAGAUAGUAUAGGUUUUUUUUUAAAAAAAAUCAUCACCUGUAACCAAAAAAUUUUGUAAAACACAAGCCAAUAAUUUUUUGAACGACUUGAUAGUUUUAUUACCAUUCGUUUCAAAUAAAUGCUAUUUAUUUUUAAUCGAGACAAUAAGAUAUAAACCAAUCUAGACAAAAUUAAGAGCUUGAUGUAACUAAUUCAAAAACACUCUCUUGUGCGCACAAUGGUCAAAAAUGGAAGAAACAAAACAUGGUCAUCGCUUAUAACUUUUUCUGUUUUAUAGAUUAUCUUCUAGGAGUUUUCGAAGAAGUUUUACAAUAAAAAAGGUGUAUUAGAAAUAUAAUUAUUUUUUUUAUUAAUCCCUCUAUAGAUGGGGUAAAGUUUUAUAAAACUGUAUUCUGCACAAGUUUUUCGAAGGCAGCAACGAAAUCGAAUACGAAGAAUAGGGUGAAUGUACCCAAUCUUGGCCCCUAAGGCAUGGUUGACUAGAUUUCCCAUGAUUGUAGUCUUCCUGUAAUGUGUACCUUCAAAAGUCCUUCGACAAAUAUGAUUGCUUACUAGCAUGAAAUGCAGUAAAAAUAUGUCCUUGCUAGAAAGCGGUUGAUAAUUUGAGAUAAACCUGAUCAAACUAUUGAUUGAAAUGCUCCUUAUUGUAGCCCCCGCGCCGAAUUUUGGCCCUUUAUGAGUUCCUUAAAUUGGCCGUCUCUAGGAAAUACUUGCCUCACUAAUACAACAACAGCCUCCACGAAUUCAUUGAAAAUAUCCCGGAAGGAAGCACAUCAAUGUUCUGUAUUGUUUUCAAAAAGUCGGAAGUGCGAAAUGUCAAUCAAUUUUCAUAAUUGAUAUUUGCAUGUAGAAUUAUAAUCUUGCGUAAAAAAGCUUUACUUGUUUAUUUCAGUUUUUGUGUGUUUAUAAUUUCUAUUAUAAGUUCCAAACUAUUACAUUGGUUAACACAAAUAUGUGCAAUUAUCCAGCAAACAAACCGUUUGCUAAAUCUUUAACAUGCAAUUAUGAUAGAUCUAUUUCCAUUGAAGUCAACAGGUUAACAUAAGAUGGUAAAUGUUCAUUUUUUUUUAUUCCACUCCCAUAAAAGUAGGACCGACAUUUUAAAAACCAUUAUGAUCGAGGCAAGAAGCAAGCUAAAGCUAAAACUUAAGUCAGCGAACGAUUCUUUGAAUCAUACAUAUUUAAAAUGUCGCCCUUAGGAAUUUUCUAGCAAUCGUUUGCGUACACCGGGAUAGCAAAACAAGACAAACUUUCGCUCACUCCAGCCAGCCUGAUAGAAAUAGAUUGCAUCUCACUCAUUCGUUUGGAAACUAUAGGCAAUGGAAGCGAAAAGCAAAUUCAAAAGCUGGGUGAAAUUCAAGCUGCAUCUCACUCGCACUCAUGCAACAUCAUCACCCAAACUCGGCAGCGCUUCUUUCGCAUAUUCCUUUCCUACAGAGAACAAACGUCAUCACCUCAUGCUGAUGCACAGUGAUCUAUAAUAAAAAACAAACUUGGUCAAAAUAUUAUUUAUGAUUUCACAUGAAAUUGCAAACAAUAUAAAUUUAAGUUCGUUACAACAUAAUAUUUCAACAUUGCAGUGCAUUUUUUUUUUUUAAAUAAACAUAAUAUUUAGAGUGUCAUAAUUUGAGCUUUAUAACAAAGCGACACAUAUGCAGCAAAUGUUCAUCUUCAAAACAAAUCAAAUUUAAUCAAAAUACGUGAAACCUUAUUUCCAAACGUGGAAUUUUUUGGGUAUGGAUAUAAUAACUUCAACAUUGAGAUCCAAGAUAUCAAUUCGGAUUCGGAUCCGGUAUAUUAAUUUAUUAAGAGGUAACUUCUAUUGAGAAAAAAAGUUCUCGAAAUUAACCAUAAAAGAGCAGCUCAAUUUGUAGCAUUAUAUUUCCAACUAAGAUGCCAAAUACGCUUGAGUCGGCUUGAUGGAUAAAUAAAUUGAUUAUAGGCCAAAAUACAUUCAUAAUAUUUUUAAUUUAUUUCAAUCAUUCAUUUUACUUUCGACCGGCUUUUCAAUUUCCAGACCACUGUGCACCGUCGGCCGACGAACUGCCGCCGGCUGCCGACUGCCUGCUGAUGUCGUUUUCACACAUACAUGCAUACUUCUAUUUGUGGAAUUGCAUGCCAAGAUUAGGCAAAAAAUAUAUUUAUAUUUUCUUGAAUUCUAGAUAGAAAAUGUACGUUGUUUGGAGUAAGUUAUAAUUUUAUAUUUUUUGCCAUGUUUUGCUGCAACCAACGGUAAUUUUUAGUGAUUUUACCAUAAAGAAGUGUGUUUUUAAACUCAAUCCGAAGAUGGCAGAUGCACUAGCAAGGUAGGUUCAUUUUAGAUUUUUUCCGAAGAUCAUAAUUUUAUUUGCAGUUUGUCAUGCGAAAAAAAAUUAUUACGCAGUCAUUUGGAUUCAAUCGUGGACAAAUGCUAUGCAGAAUCUUGCCGUAUGCGAUUUCCUUUUAUGUUUAAUUUUUUUUUCAUUUUUAGGCGUAUGUUUGACAUGAAAAUCACCAAAAUGCAUUUUGGCAUGCCAAGAUUAGGAGCAUGCCAAGUUAAGGCUCACUUACCCUAUAGGGUUCUAAAAUUAAUUCCUAACGUGCUUAUAGGUGUAGAUAUAAACGGCUUCAAUUUAAAAGUUAUCUCUGAAAAUGAUUCAAUUUUAAAGGCUUCUUAAAAGCAACUUUAGAUCAAUUUAUAUAACUAAAAUAUGUAGGGAAAAGUCGGGUAAGACGGACACAGCGAGUAAAACGUACACUUUCAAUAUUUCGAAAAUUACAAUGUUUGGCACAAAUCUAAUGAUGGGAAUAUUUUCGCCUAAGUAUAUAAAAACUUCGAGACCCUUUGUUUAUUUAUAGCAAGCAAGGUCUCCUAAUAAACAAAACAAACAAAAACUUUGAAGAUCUAUUAGGGCAUCCGCAGCAAUCGCGAGCAAAGUGAAAAUGCUCGCGAGUUUAAUCACUUCUAUACCGCACCGGGGGUUAGUAUGAAGGUGAGCAAAAUAGGGCCGUUGCCGUCGGGACCGACAAAAUCACCAAAUUUGCUCACUAGAAAGGGGCGAGAGCAAACAUGCACUGAAACAAUUCUACCGUUUUAAGCAGAAUUAAACAAACGACGUUGUUUACUCGAUUCUGAAUCAAUACGAAGUGGCCAGCAAUAUGGCUCGGUAUGACGGAAGCGAACCACUUUGACAUACAUACACGAGCCGAAGGAUUCAACAGAGUUGUUAAAAAUCGCAUCUUGGGCAGAAACUUUUUUUUAUUGCACAAAAACUAAUUCCAUGAAAUAUUUCCGAAAAGCCCUUCAAGCCCGACGAUUGCUUGCUGAAGAUUUAAUGGAGUAAUAAUAAUCGAGACCAGUGCGCUGUGCAGGAUUUUUGUAUCCAACCGGCCAAUAUGGGUGGCAUUCCAGUACUGUCCCUACCGAUUCGGCUUUCGAAACGAGGUCUCUCAAUAAGUUUGCAACUAAUGGGACCCAGUUUUUCGGAGCAGCAACUAUUUCAGUCAACACGUUGGAUAGAAAAAAGUUGAUGAUUUUUAAGAAAAGUAUAAUUUUAAUAGAAAUAUAAUAAAUAAAUAAAGUUGAAUUUUAGUUGAACUGUUUAGUUUGUUGAAUUUUGUUUUUCGGGUCCAUGUGUUAGGAAAUAUAAGUGCCCGGCGUUUUGAAAGCAAAAUCGAGCUUAAUUCGAAAAUACAUUCUUAUCUGAACUUAUUUUAUUCAAUCAAGUCGUCCUAUACAAUUCAAUAAGUUUUUAAUCACAAUCCAGCAAACGGGUGACACGGAAUUGGAAACACCGUAAGGGAAACUCAACUCUUUGCCGAAAGGAUCAAAGUUGAAACGGUCGCCGAAAACAACCACGGUGUCCUAUAGAUAUGAUGACGAGGCCAAGCGAAGCAAACAUCCUGCUAACUGCUAAGAAGUUCUUGCUGCAUCCGUCAUCGGACCCGAUUGCUGGUCGUCUAAGCUGCUUGGCCUUAAGGCAAUUGCUGCUGCUGUACGGCAUGUUCAACCAGGAUGUAGACUUUGACGUCACGUUACGGAUAGCAGCUAACCCGUCGAACAACUGCCAACAACCCCCAGGCCCUAUUAGGACCAACAUUAAUCGAAAUUUUAGCAAAAAAACUGACGACUCCGAAAAUUUACUCGGACCGUAUUAAUUUAAGAUUAAGAUUUUCUUCAAAAGUUUUCUCAGUGCAAUGCUAAAUUUGAAAAUAUAAUUAUGCUACCGCCCGGUGCGCGUAAGAGUGUGUAUCCUAAAACCGGUCCGCUGAAAUGAGCAAAACCGGGCCGCGUAUACUCACUUAUUGGUGCGUUUGCUCUUAUGUGAUGUAAUUUUUCCUUCUCAUAAAAUAGUUUACAACUAGCAAAAUUUUCGAAAAUUUCAACCGUUUUAAAUGGUGGAGUGUUUAUAAGGCUUCUUUUUAACCAUCUUGAGGAACAUCAGCGAAUUUCGGUCAAAAGGCUUGAACAACAAACGUUUUGAAAAAAAGUUUCUAAGGCGGGUAAGAUACCUCAUGGUCGGGUAAAACGGACACAUAAGUUUCUCUAGGUAUUUUAAAAUUUUAAUCGGUUUGAUCAUCCAUAGGCCUUCAAAAGACAUCGGCAAGAGCAAUACUCGGUGGAAAAGCUCUUACCAUCUCAAAAAGGCCAUAAAAACUGUAAAAACAGGAUCUCCGGUGAAGAAAACGCCUAUAAAAUAGGGAAUUCUGAAAUCACGCUGUUUCGCUUUAGGACUCAGUUGGUUCCCUUUUGGUUUAAAAACGUUUUCAAAUACUUAACUCACAAAAGAAUGUUCUUUUACAGCAUUUUCUGCAGCAAAAUGUACCUUUUCUGAGCAGUGUCCGUUUUACCCGACCAAUUUUGAAAAGUGUAAUUUGCAAGCAUGUUUUAAAUAGCUAUAAAAACAGUCAACAGGAAAUUUUCUAACUCUAAUGGUUAAUGCGAUAGCAAACAACCUAAACUGCCCAUCUGCACGAAAACUGCGAUGAAAAAAGCAAUAUCUGAUUUUCUAUAGCGAUUCUACCUCAGGGUGUCCGUCUUACCCGACUUUCACCUUUGUUCUCUCGAAAAAUUCAGGAAUUUCUUUAAAAAAGCCUUGCAAGAAUAAGAUGGGAAAUGGGGCAGGUAAAAGAAGUUACGCUUUGCUAAAAUCCGAUAUUUUUUUGCUUUUAUUAAUAUUUAAACACUUGUUUUAAAAAACAAUUAUUAAAUAAUUUUCCAAUUUCAGAGAGUUUUCACUAAAAAAAACCCUUUUAGAACUUGUUUUUAGUAUAGCAAGACGCAAAUUAGAAGGUUGAUAAAAUAACACCGUAUGAAAUUUUUUCAAAAGUUAAAAAUAUUAACAAUUUAAAAAUAACACAGAAUAAAUUAAGAACCUUUUUCGAUCUGUAAUAAGCCUUUGAAGUAAAUUCCGAGUAGCUACCUAGACGGCCAUAAAAAAUCAACUUGGUUUUUCGGAGGAACAAAAUGAACCUCAGGAACCUUUUCAAGACUUUUGAAGAAAUUUGGUCACAUAAAUGCGGUUUCAAGAGAAAAAAACAAAAUCAGGAUCAGGAUUAUCAGGAAGAUUGAUAAGAAUUUGAGGCAGAUAAAUUUGUAACCUUCAAUGGCAAUUGAAGACAUUCUCCCAUAUUCUGUCAGCAUAUUGUACCUAUGUAUAAAAAAGGUAAUGAGAUGCAUAAAAUAUUUUUUUUGAUAAUAUUCAUACGGGCCUUUUAGAUGCUUUGAAGAAACUCAGAAAUAAUUUAGUAGUUUUGAACUGUUUUUUUGAAUUUUUUUACGAGUUUGAUAAGGGUUGUUAAAAUUUCACAUGCAUAUAAUCGGCACUUUUAUUGCAGAUAAUGAUGAAUUUCGAAAAAGUUUUUCUAUUUCAAACAUUACCUUGUUCUGAUCUAUGUUUCAUACGAGAUAUUCUUCAGACAGCGAUAAAAGUUCUGUUCAAAAACCACGAAACGAAUCAAUCUUAUUUAUUGUUAAAAGGGAUAAGUUUCAGCAAGCCCGUAUUGUGUACUUGUUUUUCAUACAUUUGUUGUGACUUUUGAAGCGCGUGUAAGCUUUCAUACAGGACGAGAAAUAAUACUGUUUUUCUAAUGAAACAAUUUUUGAAAUUUGUUCUGCUUGAUGAGGUUAUUUGUGUAUUUAUCAAUCCCAGUUAAGUUCCUUAAAUCAACUUGAUAGAUAACUUUCAAAUUUGUCAAGAUCUUACCAUUUUUCCGCAGAACCUUCUGGAGCAUGACUUUUCUUGUGAUACUUUGUGUUGUAUAGAAGUUUUAUUAAAUCUCCCAGGAGCGGACGUGGUUUUAAAACUGACCAUCUUUACAUGGUAUGAAGUCAUCAUAAACCCUAGCUUUACUUUGCUUUUUUUUACAACGAGGUCAAAAGAUAAUUUCAUUAUCUUCAAAUAAUGGAAAAUCUUAAAGAACCACAGAAAUAGGAAAAAUAUAAAGUAAAAUCAUAUGUAAAAUUUGCUGCAUACCAAUUUGGCAAACUAUUUUAAACAAACUCAGAAAGGGACUUUCUCAAGUACACUUUAUGAAAGAAUGUUUACUAGUUCAAUUCUUUUAUGAUUUUUUUAAGUUCUACAACCACAGACAAACAGACAGAACACUUAGAAGAAAAUUCAUUAGAUUGGCCUACCAAACCUUUUUGCACAUUUAAAAAAUAUGCAGUUUACCUAUGACAUUGUGAUGUUGCACAAAUUGUAAGCAAACUUUUUUUAAGUUUAAGUGGAGCAAUCCAAGAGCCAGGGGACAUUCUCUAGGAUCAAGGUGGAGGCCUUCUGGAAUAAUUAAAUUUUGAUGUAUGUUCUAAUAACUUUUCAAAAGAUGUGCAACGUAGAACGGGGUAACUAAAGGGUGAUACGGUCAAAAUUUGGUCAAGGGAAAACGCGUGUAAAUCGCUGAAAUCGUUUAUUUAAAAAAUCAAAUUAAAUUUCUUUUUCAAGUUUAUUUUAAGUAUAAAAUUCAGGAAAAAUAUUCAGUUAAGCUUCCGUUUUUUCAAAUCCGAAUUGCCGGGCCUUACGCUUAACCCCUGCCAUCAGAUUUUGUACAGCCACCUUGUCCACAGAAAGCCAGUUUGCCUUGAACUGCUGCUCGUCCUUAGCAGUUUUUUUGGUCUUCUUUAGGUUCCGCGGCGUAUCACUCCAUAGCCUUUUAACCGUAAUGGCAAGAUGCCAAAUCCGGCCAAAACAGUACAGAACAACCGUGUUUCUUCAGGAAAGGCAGCAGACGUUUAUUCAAACACUCUUUCAAGUAAAUUUCUUGGUUGACAGUCCCGGAAGCUAUGAAAAUGCUGCUUUUCAAGCCACAGGUACAGAUGGCUUGCCAAACCAGAUAUUUCUUCGCGAACUUUGACAGUUUCGUGUGCUUAAAAAUAUCUGCUACCUUUCCCCUUCCUUUUGCCGUAUAAAACUCCUGUCUCGGAAGCUGCUUGUAGUCGGCUUUGACGUAGGUUUCGUCGUCCAUUACCACGCAGUCAAACUUCGACAGCAUCGUCGUGUACAGCCUUCGGGAUCGCGCUUUGGCCAUCGUAUUUUGUUUAUCAUCGCGAUUUGGAGUCACUACCUUCUUGUUAGUCGAUAGUCCGGAUCGUUUUUUGGCUCGAUGCACGGUUGUAGACGAUACACCCAGCUUAUUUGCGGCAUCUCGGAGAGAGAGGUUAGGGUUUCGCUUGAAACUACCGGCAACUCUCUUUGUCGUCUCAGCGGCUUCCGGUUUUCGAUUUCCCCCCGAUCCAGACUUCCUGGCUGUCGACAAACGUUCCUCAAACACUUUAAUUACAUUUGUAUCGGUUGAUUUGGCAACUUUUAGCGAUUUUGCCAGCUUUGCGUGCGAGUAGCUCGGAUUUUCGCGAUGCGCAGGCAAAAUUUUGAUACGCUGCUGUUCUUCCUUGGACGGCAUUUAGACAACUGAAGAGUGAAUUCCAAAAUCAUAAUAGGAGCAACAUUCUCUACACACACACCUUCAAAAUGAGGGGUGUGCAGGUUUUUUAAAUGCGAAAUUGAAAGAAAUACGUCAAGUUAAUAUUGACCAAAUUUUGACCGUAUCACCCUUUAUGAAGUCAUCAAAAACCCUAGUUUUAAUUUGCGGGGUCAAAAGAUAAUUUCAUUAUCUUCAAAUAAUAGGAACUCUAAAACAACUACAGAAAUAGGAAAAAUAUAAAGUAAAAUCCUAGGUAAAAUUUACUGCAUACCAAUUUGGAAAACUAUUUUAAACAAACUCAGGAAGGGACUUUUUCAAGUAGACUUUAUGAAAGAAUGUUUACUGAUUCUCCUUCAAAUAAAUUUAGAUUUAAAAUUGUUGCUGGUGGUUUUUUUUUAUCAUUUAGAAGCAGAUCUCUUAAAUGUUCACUUGAAUUAAUUUUUUUUAUGAUUUUUUUAAUUUCUACAACCACAGACAAACAGACAGAACACCUAGAAGAAAUUUCAUUAGUUUGCUUUUUUGAACAUUUAAAAAAUAUGCAGUUUUCCUAUGACAUUGUGAUGUUGCACAAAUUGUAAUGAAAAUUCUAAUGAAAUGAAAGUUCUAAUGAAUUAUGCAAAUAUAAUCUAUGAUUUUGAUCGGAUGAUCAUCUUCAAUAUCUACUAACGUUCUGAUUCUUUAUGAUAAUUUUAAAACCUUGUUUAAGCUUUGAAAUCGUUUUCGCCAAAAAAAAUUGAUAAAUCUAUUUCUAGUUGUCACGAAAAGAUAAACAAAAUAGAUGAAAGCCAACGGCUACCAUGAUGAAAAUUAUUAUUUUCAAAGUCGUAAAGUGGUGCUAUCUGGUGUCGGUAUUGCCUAGCUCUUUCAUUGUUUUGCGAAGAAUGAUAUUAGAGUGUCCUAUUUUUUUAUCUGUGCUACCGCUUAAAUCAGUAAUUGACGUCUGAUGAAAUGCUAAAUCCAAGGCCUAAAGCAGUUCUAAAACAUUGAGGGCCAAAUGAGGUAGUUUUCGUUAUCGUUUUGGUUUUGAUUGAUACACUACCUAUGUCUGAGAUACUUCUAAAAAAAUAGAGGAAUUCGUACCUAUUAAAAAAAUUUUAGUCCUUGAAAUCAAAGUAGAAUCAAUUUUGAAAUUGUUCUACUUAAUAUUUUUUUUAUAUAUCAAUCUUUUAUUGGGACAAACUUAAAUUUAUGGAAUUGAUCGUCAUUGUCUUCGAAAAAAUAUGGAAAACUUCGUAACACGGAAUCUUUUAAGCGUGUUUCCUUGUAACUACCUUAGAGCCGCUUAUACCACUAAGCUUCAAGGACCUAAUUUUUUCAUAAAAAGAAAAAUUGUAAAAUUUCAAUUAUUUCAUGCCAAGUCGACUACCUUCUUUUCAACACUAAGAAAUUAAUUACAAAAAAAUGAGUUUUAAAAAAGAAAUGAAACACUUUGAAGCUUGUUAUUGCUCUUUCAUGUUCAUUAUUCCAUGGUCCGGGUAACAAAUUUUUCCCAAAAACUUAAAAAAUUACGAGGUAACAUUUCUACGCAUUUGUUUUUCGGAAGAUGCGUUGAACCUAACUAGGGUAUACACUUUUCAAACUGAUUAGGCUCAGCUUGGUAAUUGGCUUAAUAUAGUAUUAUCCAAAGUUUGUCUUUAUGUGAUUGAAAUUUGUCUUAUAUUGCACUCUUUCUAAUCGCUUGGUGUAGUGGAUAGAAAUAUGUUACUUAGAUGUUUCAACAAGUUGUUAAACGAAAAUCGCAAAGGCUUACACAAUAGUUCGCUCUAGUAUUGUAGGAGAUUUGAAAGUAUCUAUAGCUUCGCUUAAUCCCCCCAACGUUCGCUUGCUUCGGGUUACUGUUGCAUAACGAAAGGCGUUUAUUUAGAGCGCCAAACGUAUGCAUGUCCCCAGUGCAAAAUGCACCACUUCCAAAAUUAACACACAAUGUUUUAUACUUUCACUCACGUGGCGCGAUAACUCACAACAUCGACUCGCAAACGGCUCUCCCACACCCACCCAAAAGAUCCCCGGCUACGGAAAGUCAUCGGCCCUACUCAGCUACUAAACGAAUCGAAACGCGUCAUCAACAACAUCAACACCAUCUUCAAU